AUGCUGACGAAGUUGCCUGGAGCACCAACCCCUGUGGCUGAAGAAUCUCCCGAUGGCUAUGCUCAAUCCCCCAUCGUGGAAGAAAUAGCGAGAGCCAGGAUUCCUAAGAAGAUCAAUGUGACCCAGUCUCACAAGCUGUAUGAUGGAGCUGCAGAUCCCUAUGAUCAUGUAGCGCAAUAUAAGCAAAAGAUGUGGACCCUGUCCAUUCCUGAGCAUCUGCUGGAGGCUACCAUGUGCAAGUCCUUCGGGGCCACCUUGUCUGGGCCCGCUCUGCAGUGGCUGAUAAGCCUAAAACCAGGUAGCAUCCAAAAUUUCGCUGCUUUGAUUAACAAAUUUUAUAUGCAGUUUGCCAGUAGCAGGGUUCUAGAGAAGCAUACCGGCGACCUGUAUCGCAUCACCCAGAAGACAAAUGAAGCUGUGAGGCAGUACCUGGAUCGGUUCAACAAGGAGAUGAUCUCAAUCAAGAACCUGGAUGUUCCCACUACUAUUGAAGCAUUCAGGAGAGGACUAACAUAUAAAUCUAGAUUGUAUUAUGAAUUGACCAGGUACCCAUGUGGCACAUUCGAGGAGGUUAGGGCCAGGGCUAUGGCUGAAAUUCGCGUCCAGGAGGACGAAGCGUCUAGGUACGUAAGCGAGCCCAGCUAUGAUCGGAAAUCCCAGAACCAGAAGAAGAUUGAUUGGCGCUACCAGCCAUACCAAAGGCGCGAAAGUAACAAUGUAGCCAGCAAGGCCACAGGUAAAUUAGCUAAUAAUGAUUACCCUUCCAUUGCUUCCUAUUGCUUUAAUGUGGAUGCAGGAGGCGUGGUAAACGCACUCGAAAAGCUGGGGACAACCGCUAGAUGGCCACGCAAGAGCGAUAGACCAGACAGCGAGAAGGAUACCACCAAGUGGUGCAGCUAUCAUGGUGACCAUGGCCAUCGGACGGAAGACUGCAACGCCCUCAAAAAGGAAGUAGCUUGGCUGCUCAAAAAAGGCUACCUCGAGCAUCUGAUGGGAAAGAAAGGGCAGCGAGAAGAUAAAGCUGGCUCUAGCCAGGAGCAGCCACAUCCACCACCUGAGCCCCUACACGAUAAGGUAAUCAAUUCUAUCUCAGGAGGUUCAGAAAUAUGUUGUAACACCCCGAAACUUUGGUGCUAA